UGUUGAAGACUUGUUCGGGCAUGAGAAUAGCUGUCUAGAAUGGGAAAAGUGUAUAAUCAUUGUUCGUACGCGCUGGUCUUGUCGUGCACGUUUGAUCGUUCGAUUUUUUUUGAGUUCACUCAGCGGCCUGGCAGGCUCGCGACAUCAGAAGGCUUUGCACAUUUGCCACAGCAACUCACUCAAAGUUGUUCGACACAACUCGCCUGACCGUAUUGUUUGUGCAAGAAGCUGCAAGGUCAGUUUUGGAGUCAGUAGGGAUUGCACGAUAUCAAAAGGACAGUUACAUCGUCAAGCUCGAUGUGCUUUGGAAGGUUGAAGUACCCUUAAGCUUGCUAUCCUAGAGGCAACGUCGACGCAAAUAGGUGAUUGAGAAUGGGCUUAACACUUACAGAUUGCACACCAAACUAUAGAAAACAAGAUCAUCAUAU